AUGACACGUAACCCAGAUGAAUUUACUGAUAGCAAAACUCGCAUUUGCAAUGUUUAUAUUCCUCCUUUUAAGAAAAAAAAUCUCGAGGCAUCUCAUAAUCUUCUAAAUAGUCGUGAACACCAAGAAAAGUUAUGGAAUAAGUUAGAAAAAAACAUAAGAGGAGAGAUUAAUAAACUCAAUUUUUCAAAUAUUGAACAUGUGUUGGUUAAUAUUUUGAAGAAUAAUAUUAUUCGUGGUAGAGGAAUAUUAGUUAAUUGUGUUAUCAGAGCUCAAUUAUCCAGUCAGUCAUAUACUAGUGUAAUUUGCUACUUCUCUGCGAUAAUUAAUUGUAAUAUUCCUGAUUUUGGUUCUUUGCUGCUAAAAAGACUAAUUAAUCAGUUUAGAAUAUCAUAUUCAAAAGGAGAUAAAUUUGUUUGCAAGCAUACUUUAAUGUUUUUAGCUCAGUUAAUAAAUCAAAAAGUUGUUCAUGAACUUACAGCUUUGCAGAUAUGCCUUUUUUUAAUUGAGAAAUUAACUGACGAUUCAAUUGAGGUAUGUAUUGAUUUUAUUCUAGAAUGUGGUGAGUUUCUAUUGGAAAAUUCUCCACAAGGGUUAAACACUGUUAUGAAUAAGUUCAGAAGAAUACUUCAGGAAGGAAAAUUAAGGAAAAGGACUAAUUUUUUAAUUGAACGUGUUUUAAAUGAAAGACGAAUCAAUUUUAAGAAUUACCCAGCAAACAAACCGGAAAAUGAGUUAUUUGAUACUAACGAUCAAAUAACUCAUUUUAUAGACAUUUUGGAUGAAGAAAUCGACAUUCAGGAAGAAUUAGAUCACUUUAUUGAGACCGAACCUAAUGUUUUUGAAGAAGAGAACAAAAAAUGGGAAGAAAUUUCAAAAGAAUUGCUUUCUGGAUUAGAAGAUGUAAACAUUGAUAACAAUGAUGAACCACUUAUUGAAAACAAUUUUACAUUAGAUCUUUCAGAGAAAAACUUUGUUAUUUUAAGGAAGAAAAUUUAUCUAUGUAUAAUGAAUAGCUUGAAUUUUGAAGAAUGUACGCACAGGUUAUUGAAAAUGAACAUGAAAAAAGAACAAAUACGUGAGGCAUGCACAAUGAUACUGGAUUGUUGUUCAAUGGAAAGAACAUAUCAAAAAUUUUUUUCUUUGGUUGCUGAAAGGCUUUGCAUUAUUAGAGAGGAGUUUCAAGAUUCUUUUAAACAACUUUUUUCUGAAAGUUUUGAAAAUAUUCAUCACUUAGAAACAACUAGGCUGAGACAUAUAACUAAAUUUUAUUCAUAUUUACUUAGUAAAGAUGCAAUACCUUGGAGUGUACUUUUCAUUAUUGUAUUAUCAGAGAAAGAUACUGCUUCUUCUUCACGAAUUUUUAUUAAAAUUCUUUUUCAAGAGCUUUCCAAUAACAUGGGAAUUCAAAACUUAGAUAUAAAACUAAACUCCCCCGAGGUUUUGCCGUUUAUAGAAGGCAUUUUUCCGAAAGAAAACAUCUAUAAGAUAAGAUUUUCAAUAAAUUUUUUCACCGCAAUUGGUUUAAGUGCAUUAACACAAAAAAUGAGAGAUAAGUUGAGUGAUAUUGAAGAAAAGCAAACAAAUAAGGUAAAUGAACUUUGUUUUGGUUCCGAGAUUCACGGUAUACAGAUUGAUACAUCUAAUUCAGAAAAUAUAACUGAAAGUACGGAAGUCAAAAAUACAAAAUUUAAAACUAUUAAUUCAUCAAAAAUAAAGUUAAGUGAACAAAUUAAUUCAAAUUUAAGAAAACGAUUAAAAAGGCACUCCAAUUCUUGCUCAACAGAUUUACAGGAUGGCUUUAAAUACAGUUACAAUAUAGAUAACUAUAAAAGGAGAGAUCGGAGUUUUUCAAGAGAGUUUUAA